CUGCACUCGAUCGAAGUAGUGGCGUCAAGUUCAACUUCUCGCACUCCAAGAAUGGACUCGUCUGAUGCUGCUACUCUUGUACUUGUCCGCUUCAUUUUAGACGGGGCUGCAUUGUGUUGGAGAUAUGUCACGACCGCGUCCGCGGUUGCCUCGGUUUGGGGAUUCAGUCAGUCCCAUUCGAAUAUUAAAGGCUAACACGUUCGAUAGAAAAGGACUUAACAGUGAUGGGACGAUUAUUAGUACAGACUAUUUCGAUGUAGACAGCAGCUUCAGUAGCGAAAAGCAGCGACGCAGAUGGCAAGAGUACACUACGCAUGUUUUCACUAGUCCACCUCGCCGCUCUGACUUAGUAGAAAGUAGUGACGCGGCAUUUACCCAAGAGCAGCGUCCCGCUCAGCCUACGACGUCUUGCAGAAGUAGUCACACGCGGCAGGACUACUCAGUG